CGAGUAAACAUUGUUGCAUAAUUAGUUGAAGGGGCGGGGUGCUUGGUUCUUUACCAUUGAAUUGAAAUAAUGUUUAAAGAAACCCGUUGCAGCUUCAUGCUGUAAUAGCAUUGACACUGAUGGGCUGCGUCUUCUCAUUUGCUAGAGUAGAGAGGCGUAGAGCUUGAGAGUAAAAGAAAACAACCCACCAAGCAACAUCGCUUGUUUUAUCUCAAUCUUAAGAUGACGGAAGGUUUUGGCCCUCAGCAGCAGAGGAGUUGUUUCUUUUAAAAUAAAUUGGAGCAAUAGUUGAGAAAGCUUCAAAGUUUUGACUUUUAUUUGUUGGCGGGGAACAACCAUCCUGUUUGUUGCUUCCCUUAUCAAGGGGUUUGUUCUUUGCUUAAGCCGGACACUUCAUCAUUUCCCUUUUGCUGUCAGCAGCAAUGAUGAGGCGGUGCGUCCUAAAGAUUGUUAAUUGGCAUUUGGGAUUCAGAAAUUCCAGUUUCUCCCUAAUGGUAACCUUUGUGGAUUAUGCUGGAAAAGAUGAUUGGCUUGUAACUUUGAGUUUUCCUGGUGAUUAUGUCAUUGAGGGAUUAUCAUGACCACAUUUCUAUUUUUUCAGUUGGAAUAAUUACGUUUCUCAAAAAAAAAAAAAAGGUGAAACAGCAAGUCCUCAGUUCAAGCUAGACUCUUGGCAUCCAUUGUGUUUGAUGCAUUCUUAAGGUGGAUACAGAAUCCUUGUUUUCACAUUAUACUGCUAUAGGUCGAUUGUGAACUUCGAUCCUAUUCUGCAUUUCAUGGUUUAACUAGUGGUCAUUUGCAUGGGUUAGUGCCAAGUGCAUAUGCAACUUCUUGUGCUAAGUUGCUGGAAGAUCCGCCAAAUGUUAAUUCUGUAUCUGAUAUGUUAAUUGAUUCAUUUGGAAUGAAGCACACUUACUUGAGGAUCUCAUUGAUAGAACGAUGCAAUUUACGGUGUCAGUACUGUAUGCCAGCUGAGGGUGUGGAGCUUACUCCUAGCCCUAAAUUACUCUCACAGAAUGAGAUUGUUCAUUUGGCAAAUCUCUUUGUCAGUUCUGGAGUGGAUAAAAUUCGUUUGACUGGUGGUGAGCCAACCAUUAGGAAGGAUAUUGAUGAGAUAUGCUUACAGCUAUCUAACUUGAAAGGACUCAAGACAUUGGCCAUGACUACCAAUGGAAUUGCUCUUGCAAGGAAACUCCUAAAGCUGAAAGAAUGCGGGCUUACUUCUGUAAAUAUAAGCUUGGAUACACUGGUCCCUGCUAAAUUUGAAUUCAUGACUGGGCGUAAAGGGCAUGAAAGGGUAAUGGAGUCAAUUAAUGCUGCUAUAGACUGUGGGUACAACCCUGUAAAAGUGAAUUGUGAUUUAAUCCGUGGGUUCAAUGUUGAUGAGAUCUGUGAUUUCAUAGAGUUGACAGGUGACAAACCGAUUAAUAUUCGGUUCAUUGAGUUCAUGCCUUUUGAUGGAAAUGUCUGGAAUGUCAAGAAACUGGUGCCUUACUUAGAAAUGUUGGAUAGAGUGGCAAAGAAGUUUACAGAACUAAAGAGACUUCAGGAUCACUCAACAGAUACAGCUAAGAACUUCAAGAUAGAUGGGCAUCUUGGUACUGUUUCUUUCAUCACAUCAACGACUGAGCAUUUUUGUGCUGGUUGCAAUAGAUUGCGACUGUUAGCUGAUGGCAACUUUAAAAUAUGCCUCUUUGGUACUUCAGAGGUGAACCAUCUCCUAGCCACUUACAAUACAAUUCUGCUAUUAGCCUUUAUUACUUAACUUGAUCUCUCUUGAAGUUACUCCUAUUACUUAUAUUGUUGUCAUUCUUAAUGAUGUGCAUUUUUUUUUCCCUCUAACCUGAUUAACUUUUGAAUAUAUUUUUGCUUAUCGUACCGUUUUUCUGUCUGAUGCUUGGUCUGGCAUAAAAUGCAAUGUGUAUUUCUUGUUAUAAAUUUAGGAAAGCAGAGGAUGGAAUUGAUGCACUUUUCAUUGUCCUAAUAAUUAGACACUUAUUAUUUUGACUUUGUCAUUUUCUGCUUGAUGGAAAGGUUACAGAAUAGGACUCAUCAAUAGUUAUUUGAGUUUAGAAAUCUUAUCAUAGCAGUAGCCCUUUACCACGUUGCAGUGCAUAUCUGAUUUGGUAUGUAGGUCAAAGUUAGGCAUCUUGUCAAUGGGUUGUCACUGUGUCACAUUGCAUAUGUUGUUUGUUAUGUGGCACAAGGUAAAAUACUUCUUUCAUCGUAUGCUGGAAUGUUUGACAUUGCAAAAACAGCAAAUAGGCCUAUGAUACAUAUUGGUGGCUAAGACUUGGUACUUCCCCGGACACCUCAGUAACUGCUUUUAUGUAUUUAGAAUUUUGAAGAUUUCCUUCAGCGUGUUCUUUUUUACCAUCCAUGGUGAUGGAAACUUUUCGUGCCCUUCUUUAGCUGGGUAUUAGGACUCCAUUAUUGGUGGAAUUCAUUCUUGUGUUUAUAUAUUUUAACUAAAUUAACCCUUUU